AGUGCUGGGAUUACAUGCGUGUGCCACCACGGCCUGCUAACUUUCUUGUUUUGAAACAAACUUCAUUACAGCAGUGUUCACUUAGUUUUAUGUAAUUCUGUAAGAAUUAGUGGUAUCAAAGCAGUAAUUUUAUCUUCUGUGUAUCACUGCAACCAAUUAUUUUCAAAUAUCGUUGUUAAAGACCAAAUGCAUUAAAAGAAUCCUAGUUAAAAGUUGAGUGACGAAAGUCUAAAUAAAAUUUCCCUUGGUGAAGGUGACGAUCUGGGGAGUGUUCACUGGUAGACACGCCCUUCAAAUUUAUGCAACCUUACACUUAUGAUCUGGAAAAAAUCAUAUAAAAAUGAAAACAGGCUUUUCCACCUCGGGUCUUCCGUAGCCCCAGCGGGUUCCCGGGCCGCCAGGCAGGUCGCGCACCUGUCUGGUUACGCCUGUAGCUGGGACCACAGCAACGCCCGGAAGGCGCUUCCAAACACCUAACUGCAGCCCUACUGCACGUCGCAGCAAAACUACCGUCAUUUUGCGUAACAGUAAAUCCUCUUUUUCCCUUCACGGUACCGUCUGUCACGGGACAAGGCCGGAGAUUCUUCUACCUCACAAAGGGUGGUGAGAGCAACACGACGUGCAGAAGUCACCAUGGAAACCACCUAUUCAGUGUAAAAUGACGAAGGGACGCAGGCAGACGAUAACGUGAGCGCGCAGCCAGACUCGGAGAGCCAUUAACAAUGUUCGGGCCGUUAGGGCGGUUGGCGGCAACUCGCCGGCCGGCUGCCGUUGCGUCGCAGCCCGAAGCGUGACUCGGCGCACGCUCCCGCUCCGCUCCUCCACUCAGCGCCAGGGACGCGGCGGGGGCGGCGAGACUACGGGUCCCACGCGUCUUUGCGCGGCCCAGGGCGCUUUACAAUAGAAGCUCGGUGGGAGAGGCCCGCGGAGCGCUGGGCACCGCCGCUUCCGGCAUGUUCCGCUCCGCGCCGAGCACGGCCGACAAAUGGAGAGAGAAGGAGAGACUCCAAUGCCCAGAGGGCCGUGCGCAAGUGGCGCUUGCGCGGUGCGCGGACGGGGGGGCGGUCGGGCCAUUUAAAUGUGUGUUUGUGGGUGAAAUGGCUGCGCAGGUCGGAGCAGUGCGCGUAGUACGGGCGGUGGCGGCGCAGGAGGAGCCGGACAAAGAGGGGAAGGAGAAGCCCCAUGCUGGGGUUUCGCCGCGGGGAGUGAAGCGGCAGCGCCGGGCAAGCAGUGGGGGGUCUCAGGAGAAGCGGGGGCGGCCGAGCCAGGACCCCCCUCUCGCUCCCCCUCACCGGCGGCGUCGCAGCCGCCAACAUCCCGGGCCGCUGCCGCCCACGAGUGCCGCCCCCGCCCCCGCCGGGCCCGCCGUCGCCACCCCGCUCCCGGCCCCGGGCACCUCGGCCCUCUUCACCUUCUCGCCCCUGACGGUGAGCGCGGCCGGGCCCAAGCAUAAGGGCCACAAGGAGCGGCACAAGCACCACCACCACCGCGGCCCCGAUGGCGAAGCCAGCUCCUGCGUCCCGGGCGAUCCCAAGCACAAGGACAAACAGGAAAACGGCGAGGGGACUGGAGGGAUGACUGCGAUGAAGGCCCCGAAGCGAGAAACACCAGAUGAAAAUGGUAAAACCCAGAGAGCUGAUGAUUUUGUCUUGAAGAAAAUAAAGAAGAAAAAGAAAAAGAAACACCGAGAGGACAUGCGAGGAAGACGCCUUAAAAUGUACAAUAAGGAAGUACAAACCGUCUGUGCUGGCCUGACCCGCAUCAGUAAGGAAAUUCUCAACCAAGGACAAAUAAAUAGCACUUCAGGAGUUAAUAAGGAAUCCUUCAGGUAUCUGAAAGAUGAACAGCUGUGCCGAUUAAAUUUGGGCAUGCAAGAAUAUCGGGUACCCCAGGGAGUACAAACACCUUUUAUGACUCACCAGGAACAUUCUAUUCGUAGAAAUUUCUUAAAAACAGGUACUAAAUUUAGCAACUUUAUUCACGAGGAACACCAGUCCAAUGGUGGUGCUCUUGUCCUUCAUGCUUACAUGGAUGAACUCUCAUUUUUGUCUCCAAUGGAGAUGGAGAGAUUUUCUGAGGAGUUUCUUGCUUUGACAUUCAGUGAAAAUGAGAAAAAUGCUGCUUACUAUGCUUUAGCAAUAGUGCAUGGAGCAGCUGCUUAUCUCCCAGACUUUUUGGACUACUUUGCUUUUAAUUUCCCCAACACUCCAGUGAAAAUGGAAAUUCUGGGCAAGAAAGAUAUUGAAACAACAACCAUUUCAAAUUUUCACACUCAGGUCAACAGGACAUACUGUUGUGGUACCUACCGAGCAGGUCCAAUGCGGCAGAUAAGUCUUGUUGGAGCAGUAGAUGAAGAAGUUGGUGAUUAUUUCCCAGAGUUCCUUGAUAUGUUAGAAGAAUCACCAUUUCUGAAGAUGACUCUGCCCUGGGGCACACUUUCCAGCCUGCGACUACAAUGUAGGUCCCAGAGUGAUGAUGGACCUAUAAUGUGGGUAAGGCCAGGAGAACAAAUGAUCCCUACAGCAGAUAUGCCAAAGUCACCCUUCAAAAGACGAAGAUCAAUGAAUGAAAUUAAAAAUCUCCAGUACCUACCUCGGACCAGUGAACCCCGUGAAGUCCUCUUUGAAGAUAGGACAAGAGCUCAUGCUGAUCAUGUAGGUCAGGGGUUUGACUGGCAGAGUACGGCUGCUGUUGGGGUUUUGAAAGCUGUACAGUUUGGUGAAUGGAGUGACCAACCUCGCAUAACCAAAGAUGUGAUUUGUUUUCAUGCUGAGGAUUUUACUGAUGUUGUACAGAGACUUCAAUUAGACCUUCACGAACCUCCUGUUUCCCAGUGUGUACAGUGGGUGGAUGAAGCUAAACUAAACCAAAUGAGGCGAGAAGGCAUUCGUUAUGCUAGAAUUCAGCUAUGUGACAAUGAUAUCUACUUCAUCCCUAGAAAUGUUAUUCAUCAGUUCAAAACAGUGUCAGCAGUAUGCAGCUUAGCCUGGCACAUAAGACUUAAACAGUACCACCCUGUUGUUGAAGCCACUCAGAACACAGAAAGCAAUUCUAACUUGGAUUCUGAUUUAACUGGAAAGCGAGAAUUAGAAGUUGACUCACAAUGUGUGAGGGUAAAAACUGAAUCUGAGGCCACAUGCACAGAGAUGCAGCUUGUGACAACUGCUUCAUCGUCUUUCUCACCUUCAUCAGAACUUCAUCAUCUACAGCAAGAUCAGAAGACUCAGCCUGUUCCAGUUUUGAAGGUGGAAAAUAGACUGGACUCAGACCAGCAACACAAUCUGCAGGAAAAUACAAGCACUCCUGUGUGAUAUGUACAUAUUCAAACACAUUUUUUAACUUUUUUAAAUUUUGAUGUGAAGUUAUAGUUUUAUAACUGGCUUAAGUUAAGUUUUAUUGGAGAAAUCUUGCCUAUAAUUCUAUAAAGAGAAAUGACAUUCCACAAAUGUCAGGCAUAUCUUUUUUACACAGAUUAUGCAAAAUUAAGAGUUGUAUCUUAUCCCGUUAGUACAGUAUGUAAUAGUGGGUCUGCUGCUACUUUCUGUUUUAAGGUGUGAGGUAACAAUUCAAUCUCUUCUUCAAAUCAGAACAAGAAUUCUCUGGAAUAACAGAUUCUUAUUUGUUAAAUCAUUCACUUUCUUUAAUUUUAUCUUGCCUUGUCUCUUGCCAUAUUUGCUAUUUUUAUGAUAGAAGUCAGAUUUAUGAUUUAGUAUUUGUGUCUUCAUGGCACAUACUCAAUUUCCACAGUAAAAAAUGGCAUAGAUUGCAGGAAAGAGUUCUUGCAUCUGGUACAUGGGCAAGUAAGUUAUUUAGUCCAGCCAUAAGGAACAAGUAGUUUCUAGGGAAAAUUCAGUGGCUCUCUGGUUUCUUAACGAAAGAGAAAGCACAGCACUUUCUGAUCCAAACUUUUUUUUUUUUUUUUUGAUAUCUGUUACUUAAUGCCCAGUGGAUAUUUCAAUUAAAGAAAUCUAAAGCUGAAUAGUCCUUGGUCAGUCAUUAUCCAUGGUUCAUUAAUCUCUUGUAAAAUACAUGGUAACUAUGGAAGGCAUUUUUGGUGAAAGAGAUGUUGACAUAAUACUCUGUUGUUCUGCUUCCUAGCAUCCUCACAUUUCAUGUGGAUGCUUUUGCUUUCUAAAUUGAUCACAGUUAUCAAACUGAAGAGAAUGAUAUCAAUCUUUCUAAUGAGGCUGCCAUGUUUUGAGCAUCAAACUUAAGAAAAACUAUUCUUUUUACUUGGCAUCAACCUACUCAUGAUAAAUACUUAUUUUUGAUACACUUCGCAGUUCUAACUGGUGAAUAACUAGGUUUCUUUACUGUUAUUCUGUGUUGCUAUUUUCUAAUAAAGAAUACAGCACUAAACUUCAUCCUAGAGUUUUGGUAGCCUAAAACUUAGUGCCUGAGUAUUUAAAUUUUUUACUCUUUUUCAGAGAGGCACAGUUCAUAUAGCUAGUGUGAUAUUAACUUUCUAUUAUUUUAGAAUGUUAAUAUGAUACACAUACUUUGUUUUGGUUAAUACUAGGGUAGGCCUUUUGUUUAUUAAAGGAAGAGUACUCCCCACACCUAAGACCAGAUUCUUGUAUCUACCUGGUUACAGUGCAAUUUGAACUUUUGUUUUUUGGAUGGUGAGAUUUGAAAUAUUUACAUUAACAUAGGCAAAAAAAAAAAAAAAAAAGAUGCUGCUUUACUGUGUCUGUCACCCUGAAAACUUAGCUGCAUCUUUUGAAAUAUCAAAUAUGAAUUUUCUCUAAAAUAUUCUGAAAUAGGUAAAAUCUUAUAUAAAUAUUACUUUGUGCAAUAUUGUUGUGUAGUUAAAUGGAUAUUAGCAAAGUAUAGAGGUCACUGUGUAAAUUGAUAGAAAAGUAACCAUCAGCAAAUACUACUACAGUGAUUAGUUAGAAUCUGUAUUAUUCCUUAUAUAUAUGUAUAUGUAUGUAUUCUCUGUUUCAAAGGAUGAAGACAAAUAGGGAAACAUUUCAGUGUAAACCAUUUAUGAAUUGGAAGUGAUGUUGGUUUUAGUUAUCUUUGUAAAUAAGUAAUUAGAAUGGUAUGAAAGGUAAUGUGAUUAUUGCAGGGGUGUUUUUAAAUCCUGUGUAUAAAUUCUUGGGUAAAUUCUAGUUUAUCACAACUAGUUUUUAAGGGACCUUUGAGGGUAUUUCUUUUGUUAUUUUGUGGGAAAGGGGGCUAAUCACAAAACGUAUGGGUUUGGGUUAUUCCUUUCUUUUAUUUUUCAGUCCAGAAGAAUUUCAUAGAGCUUUACCAGGCUGUGCAAAGUAAAAUUCUUCUCAGGCAACAUUUGCUUUUUAAAAUAAUCAUGAAGAGCAAGGUUGUUAAAGCAAAAAGUUUUUAUUUUGUUUUUCUUGUCUUCCAAGAUCCGAUUUCCCCACCUUCCCCUUGCCAUCCAGCAGAUGCCAUCUGUCAUCUAAGCUGGUCAUUACUAGUAAACAAGAAGACUGUCUCCUGACAGCCAGCACUGUGUAUAAUCACUCAGGAACCAGCGGAUCUGCAAAGACCUACAAUCAAAAGCAAAUCCCCAUUUUCCUUUUAUAAAACAUUCUACCCUCACCUCCAAUAUAAAUGCAUUAAAAAUAUAAAAAGUGUUUAAAAUCAUGUACUAAUAAAUUCAUUGUAUGUUAGAAUUGCAAUAGAAUGGAGAGAAAUAUUUAGCUAGUAAUGUAUCUGGAAACUCAAUGUCCUAUGUGAGUAUUAGAUUUUGAUAGCAUGCUUUAAAGACUGAUGAAUAUAAAAGCAGAAGUUUUGAAUUCCGUACUGCUUUCAAAACUGUAUCCUAGUUUAGUGAUACAAAUGAUUGCAACUUUUCUAAAUCAUUAAAUUAUUUGGUUUGGUGGAGUGAGGCAUGGAGCAAUCUGGCGUCCUCUGAUUUGUAGAGUUGUGAUGGCAGUGAAAUUUAAGCAGAUCUUCCUUUUUGCUGUAUUAUCCAUUGUGCCAACUCUUGAGAUUACUUGCAGAAUGUAAGCUGUAAGUUUUAUGGAGAAAUGUGGAGAAGAGGGAAUUUUUAAAAUGUGCUUAUGGAAAGGACGUAAUAAAUGAAUAUUCCUAAUAGUAAGUAGAAUGAUUUUAUGGUACCCAUUACAAAGGAUAAAAGUCUUCCCCCUGGCUCAGAAGUCAUCUGUAAUUACCAAGAUAAUGCUAGGAGUAAGAUUAUGAUCCUAGGAGGUAUUUCAAAUUCAGAAAGCAAUAACGAUAAAAACCUACAUAUUGAUUCCCUCCUCCAAGCUUUUUUUUUUUUAACUCUUUUAAAAAUGAAUUUCUAAGCUUAACUGUACUUUUAAUUUGCUUAUUCAGUACUUAAAAUUUAACUGGUACACUAUUUUUAGCUAAAGACUUUUGGAAAGUGCCCUGUCCCCUCAGAGACAGUUGGACUACCAACUAAUACUGUAAGCUCUCGUAGGGGAAAAUGAGCUUAUUAAAUAAAUUCUUUACUAAACCUUGGAUGUCUUGCAUUAUCAGUCUUAAUAGGCAUAAAGGUCAUAAUGAGUGGAGAAACUUUUGCUUAUUGCCUUUCCCUAUAUAAAUAUUGUCUCAAAGCUAAUAUAGGAACAAGACUCCCAAAUCUACGAAAAUAUACUUAGUGAAUAUAUUCUUAAUCAUUAAUAUUAACCCAUUAUAUUUUCGUCUGUAUAGCCAUUAAAAAGUUAUUUGUAUUUGUACCUUUAGGAAGAUUGUAUCUUUUUAAUAAAUGUUUCAUCACUACUACAGGUUUUUAAACAAAUACCUUUCUGUAGCAUAUGCCAGAGGUUCACAUUUUGUGCUGUUUUAUGUUUAAAGCAGGUUGCAGCUGUAUUUAUUGGUCAUGCAAGUAAAGGAAAUGCAGUGUAUGUUUUUCCUAAGUGCAUAAAGGACUCAUGCUCAUCCUGAAAGUUUGCUGCUUUUGAAAGCAAGUAUCUCUCCAUAAAUAUGGCCUUCCAUUUUCUUCAUAAAUUUUUUAGGAUCCACUUGUGCAUGUAGUUGAGACCACUGUCUCUUAAAAUAUAGCACUUUUCAAUUUUCUCUAAAGAAAUAUGUACUGCUUCUAUCACAUGUUGUAAAUUUUCAUGUAAUAGUGUUUUCUGUGACUAAACUCCAUUUUGAUUGGCAGCUAAGAAUUUUUUUCCUGUGGCUUUAAUUUAUCUUAAGAGGUCUUUGCAUAUAGAUGAAAUGUAUAAUUUGCCUGGCGGACUUUUUGCGUUGUGUGGCCUUAGUUUGUUUAUUGACAUUAACAAGUGUUUUAAAAAAGUUUUUAAUGAAUAGUCUUAAAUCCAAAUUUGUGUGAAUAAUAAUCCUUUUAACACAGUGCUUUUUUGUAGCUGUCUAAGUGUGUUAAAUUGUUAAGCUAUUUCUUUGUAAAAUAGGACAAUGGAAUGCAUAGAGGUUUUUUUCCCCUGUAAAGUAUUUUUUUAAUAAACAAAGUCUGAUUUGUCCUUUA